GACAGGACGACGAGGGGAGAGGCAGGAAGAGGGCGCGAGACAAAUAGGGAAAAUCCCAAUAAUGGAGUGGCGGAGGAGGAGGUCGGUUUCGCGAGCUCGGACUGGUCAUAGUUGACGUUUUCAUUUUCUCAAAAUUGGAUGUAAAUUCUAUAAUAAGGGACUGUGCGCCGAUAUCUCUAGCUCAAAGAAGCCCUCAACGGAUGCCUCAGAUGCUACACGUAAACGGGGGAUCCACCACUGGCACCAGGCAACAGCUUAUCAUUUCUGGUGGGCUUGGAUGAGGAUACUAAAGGACAUAUUUUUAAGAUAGCAUUGGUUGAGGAUAUUGCAAAACCGUAUUACAGUGAAGUAUCCUAUUUCGGACUCCACUCCUCUUUUCUAAGGAACGAUACAUUAUUAAUUACCAGUAUUAUACAUACAUGUAUCUAUUCAACAAUGUGUAGGCUUGUAGGUUCGCAGGUUGAAUCUACAAUGAUAUGGUAGCCAAAAAUAAAUAAAUAAAGGCUAGUCAAUAAUAAUAAUUAAUCAACGUAUUUUAAUAUAAAGGAUUUAUUCUGAAUAGCUACACUGCUACCAAAUUUACAAUCACAUCUUUCACAAACGGAGACGCGCAAAGACUGAGUGAGUCAUUAAAAUAACGAAAAGAAAGCUACAGUAUAGUGGAAAACAUGUUGCCUUCACAAGAAGCCGCCAAGAAUUACCAUGAUAACUACAUGCGGAACUCCCGCGCCAUCGGGGUACUCUGGGCGAUAUUCACCAUAUGCUUUGCCAUCAUCAACGUGGUGGUCUUCAUUCAGCCCUACUGGAUCGGGGACAGUGUGAGCACGCCGCAGGUGGGUUACUUCGGCUUGUUUCACCAGUGCGUUGGAAGAGGACCGCACAACCGAGAGCUCACCUGCACGGGAAGCUUCGCCGAGUUCAGCUCCAUCCCCUCCGGAGCCUUCAAAGCGGCGUCGGUCUUCGUGUUUCUGUCCAUGGUGCUGAUUCUGGGCUGCAUCGCCUGCAUGGCGCUCUUCUUCUUCUGCAACACCGCUACCGUCUACAAGACUUGUGCCUGGAUGCAGCUCCUAUGUGCUGUAUGCCUGGUGUUGGGCUGUAUAAUCUUUCCAGAUGGCUGGGAUGCAGAGGUGGUGCGGGACCUGUGUGGGGAAGAGACGGGGAAGUAUACCCUGGGUAACUGCUCUGUCCGCUGGUCUUACAUUCUUGCUAUUAUCGGCAUCCUGGACGCCCUGAUCCUCUCCUUCCUGGCCUUCGUCCUGGGAAACAGACAGAACAACAUGUUCCUGGAGGAACGCAAGGCUGACAACAAUAAAGAUUUUGCUGUGUCCGGGGUAAGUGACUUCAUUGAGGUCCGGGACAGAAGAAGCGACCCAAGGUAUGUUGGAGUCCAGCGGUUGUACUGAUGGGAUCUUUACCGUGGAUGACCACCUCUCCUCUACUCCCUGCCAUCCAGUCAUCCGGCUAUAUGUGCAGACCACAUGUAUAGAUGUAGGAUCUUAAUUUGAGCCAGUUUGCUACAGUAGGGAAAUGUGAAUUAUUUUGUGGAUAAUAAAAAAUUGACAUUUUUGUAGGGGCUUGAUCCAUUUUUUUGUAAGGGAAAAUCAAGUCUGAAAUUUCAACGUGGAAGUAACAAACUUCAGAAGUCUUUUUAAACCUCAGAUACACUACAAGUUUAAUGUUUACUGCAUUGCAAGAAAGUUCUCCUGCAACAAGGUGAUCAAAUGAAGAGCCUACAUCUGUACAGCAUUCAGUGUUAUAAAACUGGGAGAAACUAUAUUUUACGAAGGCGCUAUGAUGUUGUAAAGUGCAUUAACAAUACUUUAAAAAAAUGACAGUAUUUGUAAAUAUUAUGUGUCCAAAAGGAACUAUAUAUUGCAGCUUUACAGAAAUCGACAUCUCUGGGAAUCUAUGUACUGUACAUACAAAGUAAUGUAUACAGUAUAUUGGUACUGGUACAUUGGGCAAAAAAACAAGAUCAUCCAACAAUGAAAAUGUUGUUCAGUGUAUUUCUACCCUUUGCAUAACGAUUUGAGUAAAGGGUAGAAUAAAGUAGAACAAAACAAAUAUUUUGUAAACGUUUAAUAUACCCGAUAAAACUAAGCUUUUGGUGUUUCUUUUUGAAGGCAUUUACUGUAAACAGUGAAAAUUUGAGAAUAAUUUUUGAAAUUAUUAAACUGAAACAGGGUAGAUUAAAGAAAUGAUCCAGUAGAUAGAUGACGGGACAACGUCAUAUUUGGCACUAAUCUCUCAGAAGGAAGCCCUGUAUGCUGCAUUCUCUAGGCACUGAGACACUCGGGCCACAGGUCUCCACCAUACCGUCCAAACUGGCC